ACGGGCAGAUUAUGGGCCCAAAUUACGAAAGAAACAAUAAAUAAUUAAAUAAAAUAUAAUUAAAUUGAAAAAGCACGUGGGUUUAUUAUCCGGCUUUGAGUAAACGUGAAAUAUAAUCCUAAUCGUGAUUGAGAACGAAACUGUUCGUAUUAAUAAGCUGAAAGAAUUAGAAAAUUGGGCCUCAUGGAAAUUUCAAAUGCGCGUUACUUUGAAAUCCUGCAGUUCAUAAGAAAUAGUUACAGAUGAAUCAAUUCUUCCUGUACCAGGAGAUGAUGCGGCAAAUCGAGCACGCGUUGCCUGGACAAAAUUCGACAGUACAACUCAACGAAUAAUCGCCACAUCAGUGUAUGAAAAACCACUUUUGCAUAUUAUCAAUUGUGAAUCGGAUAAGGAUAUGUGGAAAAAGCUGGAAUCUGUUUACGAACAAAAAUCUGAUACUAGUAUACACAUGCUGUUGCAGCAAUGGUACAAUUACCAGAAGGAAUCGAGCGAUGUUGUUACUCACAUCGUAAAAAUUGAGAAUCUUGCACAUCGGCUACAAAUUCUGGUGCGUGGGAAUCAACUCAACCCAACGAAAGCACUCUCACAAAUCUUAUUUCAAGGCUCACCAUUGAGGAAACAAGAAUGGGAACCGAAAAAAGGGCAGAAAACAUUGCUUUUACUGCCAAUAAGCAUCAAUACAAGAAAAAUUUCAAAAAAGGCAACGUUAAACCAGGCGUAUGUCAUUAUUGCCACAAACCAGGGCAUUGGAUCAAGGAACGUAGAAACCGAAAAACAGCAAACAAAAAAUACAAAGGAAGGAAAGAAGAGGCACUCAUUGGAACCAUGUCUGCAGAAUAUAAUUUAGAAACAUCCAAUGAUGCAUGGCACAUGGAUUCAGGUGCGACUGAGCACAUGUUAAAUCGUUGCGAAUGGUUCUCGUCGUAUAAAAAAUUUGACACAGUAGAGAAUAGUAAGAUAGGCGAUGGAAAAUAUAUUCAAGCAAUUGGAUCAGGAGAUAUCGACAUUCUUGCUUUUAAUGGAAAAGAGUGGGUGCGAAACUCUUGACAAGGGACUACGACAAUACUCCGAUGAUAAAAUAUGCACAUUCAUGAAGAAUGGAAA